ACUAAGUGCUACUGAAUUGUACUUGUGACUAUGAUGUUUCUAUGAAGGAUCUGCGAUGCAAUGAACGUUGUUUACCAAAGCAGGUGGAUAUGACGUCACGGACUUGGGACAUCAAAACAACAACAUCCAAAUCCGCGAUUCUUCCUUUUUUUCCUCCUUCUUUGCUCGCCGUGUUAAAAUCUAAUAACAACAUUAAGAGAGGAGCUCGUGCCUUUCUCCGCGAGGCAGACCGGCAGGCAGCGAGUGUGAAACUCCACAUUUUGCUCCUUUCUCGACGCCCUCGGCGUUCUCGGUACACAAGCUCUCGCGUGCACGGGGUCGUUAUCGCAUACUAGCAAAUCGGUACCCUCCGCGUGCGCCUGUUAGCUGCUGUAAAGCGUUUUCCAUUCUGUGGUCCUGCCCUCAAGACUGUGAGCUGAAUUCUGAUUGGGGGAAUGGAGUGCCAAUCUGUCCUGCACCAGUGAUCAGGCCAGGAGACUCCAGUGGUGACAUCCUGUGGAGCCAGAGAUCAAAGGCAAGGAGGCUGUUUCACCACCGCUGGAACUGAAGAUUGCUUUAAAUAAGCAAGCCCUUGUAGAAGGUUUUUAAGUCAUGAUGCAAGAAUCUGGGACGGAGGCGACGAGCAACGGACCAGCCAAUCAGAAUGGAGGAGCAAGCGUGGAGGGCGGGCCCAGGGAGGGACGACCCAAGAGCGCCACGCCGUCCGUGGAGGUGACUGCAGCUGACCUCCUGCAUCUCCAGCAGCACCAGGCUCUCCAAGUGGCUCGACAGAUACUCCUCCAGCAGCAGCAGCAGCAGCAGCAGCAGCAACAGCAGCAGCAGCAGCAGCAGCAUCCCCCAUCACAGCAACUGCAGUCUCAACCAAACACUGGCCGCAAAUCCCCCAAAGCCAACGACAAGCAGCACAGCCUACAGGUUCCAGUUUCAGUGGCUAUGAUGACACCUCAAGUGAUAACUCCACAGCAGAUGCAGCAAAUUCUUCAGCAGCAAGUCCUGAGCCCUCAGCAGCUCCAGGUUCUCCUCCAGCAGCAACAGGCCCUCAUGUUACAGCAGCAGCAACUCCAAGAGUUCUACAAAAAGCAGCAGGAACAGCUCCACCUCCAGCUUUUACAGCAGCAGCAGCAGCAGCAGCAUGCAGGCAGCAAGCAGAGUAAAGAGCAGCAGGUGUCAGCACAGCAGUUGGCCUUCCAGCAGCAGCUCCUGCAGGUCCAGCAGGUCCAGCAGCAGCAUCUGCUCAACCUCCAGAGGCAGGGGCUGCUCACAAUCCAGCCUGGACAGACCGGCCUGCCACUGCACUCCCUCACUCAGGGCAUGAUUCCAGCCGAGCUGCAGCAACUGUGGAAGGAGGUGACAAAUGCUCACGUGAAGGAGGAGCACAACAACAGCAGCAGCAACAACGGCCACCGGGGCCUUGACCUGUCCUCCCCGGCACCGCCAAAGAACCCACUCCUCAACCAGCAUGCCUCCACCAACGGGCAGUACAUGAGUCACAAGAGAGAAGGAUCCACGCUAGAAGAGCAUUCCCCCCACAGUCACCCUCUGUACGGUCACGGUGUUUGCAAGUGGCCUGGAUGUGAGGCGGUCUUCGAUGAUUUCCAUUCAUUCCUCAAGCAUCUUAACAAUGAGCACGCCCUGGAUGACAGGAGCACGGCCCAGUGUCGGGUGCAAAUGCAGGUCGUACAACAGCUGGAGCUGCAGCUAGCAAAAGACAAAGAGCGUCUGCAAGCUAUGAUGACGCACCUUCAUGUCAAGUCCACGGAGCCCAAAGCCACCCCACAGCCGCUCAACUUGGUGUCCAACGUCACGUUGUCCAAAUCGGCCCCUGAGGCGUCUCCUCCUUUGAGCCUUCCCCAGACCCCCACCACGCCCACAGCACCCCUCACACCCCUGUCCCAGACCCACUCCGUCAUCACAGCCAACAGCCUCCACAGCGUGGGCCCCAUGCGACGGCGCUACUCAGAAAAAUACAACAUGCCCAUCUCUCCAGAUCUCAGUCAGAACAAAGAGUUUUACAUGAAUGCAGAUGUUAGACCGCCGUUCACGUACGCCUCACUAAUAAGACAGGCAAUCCUCGAAUCUCCAGAAAAGCAGCUAACACUAAACGAAAUCUACAACUGGUUCACACGAAUGUUUGCAUAUUUUAGGCGCAACGCAGCGACGUGGAAGAAUGCAGUCCGGCAUAAUCUUAGUCUUCACAAGUGUUUUGUGCGAGUAGAAAACGUAAAAGGGGCUGUGUGGACAGUCGACGAAAUAGAGUUCCAAAAGAGACGGCCUCAAAAGAUCAGUGGAAGUCCAGCCUUAGUGAAGAACAUUCAGACCAGCUUGGGCUAUGGUCCGACCCUCUCUGCUGCCUUCCAGGCUUCAAUGGCAGAAAACAACAUACCUCUAUACACUACUGCUUCCAUUGGAAGUCCCACCCUCAACUCCCUGGCUAACGCCAUCCGCGAGGAGAUGAAUGGAGCGAUGGACCAUGGAAACAGCAAUGGCAGUGACAGCAGCCCGGGACGCUCGCCCCUGCCAGCUAUGCAUCACAUCAGCGUUAAGGAGGAACCACUGGACCCCGAAGACCACGAAGGGCCCCUCUCCCUGGUAACAACCGCCAAUCACAGUCCGGAUUUCGAUCACCACAGAGAUUACGAUGACGACCAGGGCCACGACGACAUGCUGUAAGGCUAGCGCCGCCCCCUCUCCCCAGCCUCAGAGGCAGAGGCAGUCUGGGUCAUCUGGGAGACGGAAAUGCUCCGCAGAUAACAAACACUGAACUGCAGUCUCAGCCACUGAUGAUGACAGCACUCAAAUGUCUCCGAGUUAACUUUUUAGUGCCAUUACAACACAUAGCAAGAACACACACAUGAGAAAAACACACACACCCCACAUGAGGGAUUUUUUUUCUGAUUACUUUCUACUUUUGAUUUAAGUAAAACUUUAUUUCUACUCAUGUGCGGGAUGGACUUGUUUGGUACGGGGGGCGUUCGCGGUCAGAGACCCUCGCCGUGCAGCCAGGACGGACUGCACCCAGCGGACUGCAAGAGGGGUUGUGUCUCUACCCCCUCCCACCCCUCUGCUCUCUCUCCCUCCCUCUCUCUCAGACACACACAUCUGACCACAAACUCAAGAGAGAGAGAGUGACUGACGUUUAAUUUACACCGCGUGUGAGAACGGAGCGAGUGCGGACUUCUGUUCAUUGUCACUGCCUUCAACACUUCUCAUUGGUUUGAUUCCAUCUAUAGUGGGAGGGAUGUUUUUAUUUGGGUGUAUUUUUUGUGUUGGGGGGUGAGAGGUUUAAAUAUCAACAUAAUGUGUCUUUUUCCAUUCAAUGCUGUUAUUGAUGUUGCGUCUUUUUUGUUUUUAUGAUUUCUUUAAACUGAUCAGACCUCAUGCCCAUGCUGUGGAGAUUCUGUGUGGUCAGCACUUGAUGAUGAAUGUUUAUGAUUUCCUUUCAUGUUGUUCUUUUAAGACACACACACAUGAAGCCGAAUGUCACAUACCAAGUAGUGUUUUUCUGUCAUUUAUUCCACAAUCUUCUAAAGAAAAGAAAAAAAAGUCACCACUCUGACGUGUAGCCGCCCCCUCACCCCCUCCUUCAUCCCCCUCCCCCUCCUCCACCCCCUCCUCCUGCUCAUGAAGUCCAUUGGCAAUGCACUACUCGUAAUGAAGGCUCUCUCCACGCAUCAAUGAAGUUUAAUUUAAGAUGCGAAUGAAUGACAGAGAAAUCAUGCAGGUUAUGAUUUAUCCUUAUGAAAUUAUACUUUAAAACAGCCCCUCACGGCAGAGCAUGUCGAGCCGCAACAGAAUUUCUGAUCACCCACAAGCUCUGGGGUUUUUUUUUUUUAAAAAAGCAAAAUGAAAAUGUCAGGUGUGCGCCGGAGAGAUAAUGAUUUAGACCAACUAAUUGUGAUUCCUGAACACAACCGUCAUUGUUAAUCAAACGUGUCUGCUUUUCCACGCUGUAAUUUCAUUCAGCGCUCCGAGAUAAACGUGCAUUCCCUGUAGUUUUAUUUGUAUCGCGCGCAUGACCAGUUUUAAGUUUCAGUCGAGUGUUGAAAAUUGCACGCCGGAUGAAACGCUCGUUUUCUUUCAUAAAGGGUGUUAAAAAAAAAAAAAGAAAUCACCAAGACCUGCAAUAAGACCUGAACAUUGCACAUUCCAGCAUUUGACAGCCAUCGUAAAGGGCCCAAACAUACAGUACAUUUAGGGAGUGUGGAUGCCUCGACGUUCAAUGUCACCCAAAAAGCCAAUAGUUGUAGUCCACAGCAUUGAACUGAGUGGAAUCCACAUGUGGUUUUUAUGAUGCAGCAACAACAAAUUCCAGCAUUGGUAGGGAGUUAAAUUUUACAGAGACCACGAAUUUCAAGACUGCAAUCAACCACUUUUAAUUUUUAUUUAUUAUUAUUAUUAUUUUAUGUUUUAUUUGGCUUUUUUAUGUGUUUGAAUAUCUUGUUCUGUGACUACCAAAGAUAAACUACAAAGUCAAUGUUGUGUGUUCCAUGCAAUAGCAGAUAAGGCCAAAUAUCUCCCCUCCAUUCUCUCCCAUCGGACGAUCCAAGCAGCUGCAAUGGAGCCGGUGGCAGACAGAAUCGAGGGAAACGCUCCUCAAACUGGUGUUUUCAUUCAUUUUUUUUUUCUUUAUAAAAACCAAAGGGGAUGUCUCGACCAGGACAGCUGCAGUCAUGUUUGCAGUGACCAAAACUGAAUGGGAGGCGCUGACAGUCUGACUACACGAUGACCAAAUUAGGGAAACUUUUUUUUUGUCUUUGGGCCAGUGAGUGGAAAAGGGAGCUUUUUCUUUUUUCUUUCUUGGGUCAGGAGCAGAUUUGUGUGCAACAUAAAGGGUAUGUAGAUAAAGUGGAAAAAAAUAUACUGGUAAAUGGGAAAAGCUUUGCAGAGAACAAUGUGAAACGGAUUCUAUACUUCAACUGGACCACACAAUGAUUCAAUGUUUCUUUUAUUCCUUAUUCAUUUGUAUCCUUUGAAAUGAUUGUAUGCCACUUCUUAGGGGUCUUUUUGGCGAGACUUUAUGAUUGUGUUUUAGUUUCUGUCAACUUAUUACUUUUUAUAUUAAAAAAACACUCCUGUCAACUAAUAAGCUGGGUACAAGGUACUUUAUGGCAGUUAUUGUUAUUUUAUUUUGUUAAGUUCACCGCUCAUUAACUAAGAAAAAAAAGGAAAAGGGCAAUCUGUGGUUUCCAGAAGUUGUAUUUAAUAUCCAGGCAGCUGUGGGAUGGGUCAGUUACAGCCGGGCUAGGAUCGUGAGAACAGGGCCGAGCUCAUCCACAAACCCCCAGUCAUCUGGCUGGUUUGUUUGGUAUUCGAAAAGGAGGAAAAGCGCUGGUAGAUUAGAACAUUCUCAGCAUGUGUAGCUUGACAUUACUAAAGAUAACAGCAUGAGAAAACCGUUUGUACGCAUACCUCAGUUCAAACCUAUAGGGAAUGAUUCAAUUAAACGAGAAAAUAAAUAAACAUUUCACUCAGUUGCACUUAGUUGUACGUCUUGCAUGUGUAGUCUGAUAUUGUAGAGAGAAAACUACAAAAAAAGAGAAAAAAAGAAAAUGAAAUUAGAGCUUGUUUAUCUUAAGGGUUUCAUCCUUUUUUUUUUUUUCUUGCCAAACCAAUCCAAACCUCAGGCCUUUUGUUCACGGAAACAUCACCCAGCUGUGUGUGGCACCAUUCAUCCUGUCAAAGUCUGUUCUCUGAUGGGUUGUUUUAAGGGCGUUCCAAUAUUAGGUUGUACAUACAUGUCGGUAUAGCCUUUGUCUUUUUCCUGUCUUUUCCUCUCUCUCUCUUUCUCUUUUUAUUUUAAGAUCAAAAAAUACAUUUGUGUUAUGAUGUUUGCUUUAUCGCAACUGCUUUGUAUUAACUAUGAAAUAGCUAUGAGAAAAACUGCUGUAUGUAUUGGAAUAGCAAACUGUGCUGCAAAUGUAUUUUACUUAGUAAUCCUUGCUUUAAAAAAAAAAAAAAAAAGAAAAGAAAAAAAAAAUCACAUCAUCCACGCAGACAUCUGGGUGAGCUGGGCAGGGGCAGGCUGGGGGGGAUCGGGAUUAUCCCCGAUUUUGGAUUUUAAACUGUAAUAUAGAAAACAGACUUUUCUCUGUUAUCAUUGACCUAAGCAUUUUGUACAGAUUUUUUUUCCCUCUUUGUGUUAAGCUGUUUUUUGAUACUUCCUUUUGAUGGUCCAACCACUGCCUUCUGUGGCUGUAUGUUAAAGAUUACUGCUCUGAGAAAAGGGCAGACAGGUAUAUUUCCUCUACAAGACGGAGAUAUCUUGCAUGACUAAUCCCAGGGUCACAGAGAUGGGGGGGAUGGGGGAUAUGUUUUAAGUGGUCAGUAAUAAUAUAAGGGUGUAUCAAUCUAAUGAUAUUUUAUAUGAAAUUAAUAGGAAAAAGAAAAAAAUAUGCAGUGCCAAGAUGUAAAGAAUAUUGUUAAAUGCUGUUUUCUCUUUUUGUUUGAAAAGUUCAUUUCACUCGCGCAUCAAAGAUGUGUCCUUCUCAUCCGUGUCAUAAAGGUAAAAUCACACACUUUGUUUUGGCAUCAAGAUAUUUAUAUUUUUAUCUCAAGGGUCAUUGUAAAUGAGUCAAACCAAGCACAGCAGGCAGGUCAAAGGUCAGACGCAGCUGGAGACUUAACGUCCUGCAAACUGCGGCCGCGUGGCAUCGGAUCCCCCCAACAUCACACACUGGCACCCGAGCUAAAGACGCCAUUGUUUCAUCCAUCACCAACCAUCCAGCCCGCUGUCAUUCCGUCCCCCUCUCUCACUCCUCUCUCGCACCACGCUUUGGUUUUCUCCAGAUGGAGGGGGAAGGAGGGAGAGAGGAGGGGAAAGGAGGGAGGGGGGAGGGGGGGCAGCCCAGGAGCUGUCACGGUGCUCUCAUCCUGCAGCAGCUUUUCUUUUUUUUUCUCUUUCUUUUUUCUUUGAAGAUGUACUCUGUAGUUUCUUUUGCCUGUUUUUUUUUUUUUUUUAUAGAGAAAUAUUAUUGCUCAUCACUUCCAUCAGUCUGUAACCUCCUCAUCAUUCCUUGUCUGUCUGAUGCAGACCACUCUGUUGUAGUCAGUGGCGAUGACUGACGUGAGCAUUCUAAACAUGCAAUAAAAUGCUGGUUGUUCAGAUCGUU